AUGGCGGAUCUCAAGCCCUCGGACUCGACCCCGAGAGAUGUGGACGUUGAGAAAGGAAUCAGCCCUAACGCCUCGGAGGAUCUCGAAGGCGCUACGAUCAGACCCGAGUCUCGCCAGGAGUCAGCAGAAAACACACAAGAUGCCAACAAGGAGACAGAGCAAGAUCCGAACGUCGUGGAUUGGGAUGGACCCGACGAUCCAGAAAACCCUCAAAACUGGCCCAUGAAGAAGAAGUGGUUCAACAUUGCUACCAUCUCGAUGUUGACUUUUGUCACACCGCUCGGAUCCUCAAUGUUCGCCCCCGGCAUUCCCAAGAUCAUGGUCGAAUUCGGCGAAACCUCAGCCACGGUAGCGACAUUCGUCGUCUCAGUUUAUAUUCUUGGCUUUGCCUUCGGUCCCCUCAUCAUUGCCCCUAUGAGUGAGGUCUUCGGUCGCGCGCGGCUUUACAUCUAUGGCAACAUUCUCUUUACCAUCUUUACCGUCGGUACGGCUCUGUCACAGAACAUGGCCAUGAUGAUGGCAUUCCGUUUCCUCAUGGGUCUGGCUGGUGCCGUGCCAGUCACUAUUGGCAGUGGUAGUAUUGCGGAUAUCAUGCCAAUCGAGCAGAGAGGUCGUGCGAUGUCCGCCUGGGCUCUGGGACCCCUCCUCGGCCCGUGUAUUGGUCCCGUUGCCGGAGGCUACCUGAUUAAGGCUGCCGGCUGGAGAUGGGUGUACUGGCUUGUGACUAUUGUGGGCGGUAUUUUCAUUCCUCUCUCGUGGUUUAUGAUGAGAGAGACUUUCGCUCCUCUCAUUCUCGAACGCAAGGUAGCCAGGCUUCGCAAGGAAACCGGCAACAUGAACCUCAGAAGCAAGCUCGACGAUGGACAAACCACGAAGAAGAAGUUCCAGCACGCCAUCAUCCGACCUGUAAAGCUCCUUUUCGUCACGCCGAUCGUUACCCUCAUGGCUCUUUACGUCGCCAUCACAUACGGUAUCCUGUACUUGCUCAUCACGACCUUCUCUUUCGUCUAUAGAGACCAAUACGGCUUCGACGAGGGAACAAUCGGUCUUACUUUCCUUCCCGCCGGCAUUGGUAUGAUGAUUGGCGUCGGCGUCUUUGGCGCGCUCACCGACUUCAUCGUCAUCAGGAACAAGAAGAAGGGACUCGUUCACAGGCCUGAGGCUCGUCUUACUCCGGUACUUACCAUGCCCUGCGGUGUGGUUCUUCCCAUCGGUCUCUUCAUCUACGGGUGGACCACUGAAAAGGGGGUUCACUUCAUCGUUCCCAUGCUUGGAGUUGUCAUCUUCGCCACUGGGCUCAUGGGUGUCAUGAUGUGCAUUCAGAAUUACCUUCUCGAUACCUAUCCACGAUACGCAGCUUCCGUCACUGCUGCGCUAGCUGUACUGCGAUCUUUGGCCGGCGCCCUUCUUCCUCUUGGAGGCUUGGAAAUGUACAACGCCCUCGGACUCGGAUGGGGUAACAGUUUGCUGGGGUUCAUCUCGGUCGCCCUUAUCCCUAUUCCUCUCGUCUUUUACAUCUUCGGCGAGCGUAUCAGAGGGAGAUUCAAGCCUACUCUGUAAAAUGGGUGGGAUUAGUCAGAUGGGCGUGUUACUUUUAGAGCAUGGCGCAAGGGGUUAACAUUAUAUGGCAUUAAAGGUGCCAUUCUUUCUGGAGCGAUGAUACAUAAUACAUUAGACGCAUACCUCAUAGUUGAGAUAGCAAGAACGUAAUGAACUGAGAGAUUCUUCUUAGACAACGAGAUUGGACAUGCGAAUCGCUUGGAAGUGCAUGUUGCCAAAAUCACCACUGAAAUUGCUGUUGUCGUUUUCCCGAGGCUGACUACAAGCCGCGGUACAAGAUAAAGUGGCUUGGCGGCGGUGGUGACAGUGGUGCUAGUAGUCGAUUUGGAAGUAGUUGAACUCCUCAAAAGAACAAGCGCGGGAUCAUGGUACCUGGCCCUCGAAAUAAGGAUAAUUGCCUACCUACAUGUAGCACCGAAUGAAAAGCGAUGCGCUAUGCAAGGGCCAAGAUCCGUAACAAAGGAUCAACGCAUGCUAAAACAUAGUCUUUGGG